AACCCUUUGAAAUCAUUUCAAUUACCUUGAAUCUAAGGCAUCCAUAUAUUUUAAGUCUAAAUUUCCGGUUUAGAACAUAAGCUAUCCUACCGUUGCGAUUCCACCACUGACCAACCCAGCCCAAUGCCCCCCAACUGGUAUUUAUUGAAAACGACCGGGUCGACGACCAGGGCUAACACCUAUGUUCGGAAGUUCACGAAAGGAUCAGAGCGAAGCGGAGUGAUCAAUAUGAUAGCCAAAGUACCAAAGAAGACGGGUGCCGCGAUAAAGAUCGCGGAUUUGGAUGGGAUGUCGUAUAUGUCCUCUUCUUCUCGCAAGAGCAAAGUAUCGCGCCGCCGAUCCGAUCAAUUGAAAGAGUCCAAGAAUGUCCGCAACGUCGACGUUGUCUGUCCAAUGCAACCCAGUUCCAAGCCCAUCGAGGAGCCCGUUGUUCGGGACUCUCCACAAAUGCGAGAGUUCUUUAAGGAAGUGCGUCAGCGGCAGCUCAAGGAUUACUAUCUCCAGAUGAAGGCGGCUCAAAGAAAUCCCGUGGAUUUUGGUCAGCUUAAGCGGGAUAAAAAGGAUCUCACCAAAAACGUUUACUGCACGGGGGAUGAACAAUUGAGGUUCCAAGAUUGUGAUCGGCAUAGGGAUCUCACCUGGUUGUGGAACUCCUCCGCCGCAUAUCCUCACUCUGCACUGAGUUGUGGAUGCAGCAGAGGUGUCUCCAGCCACUUGGAAACUUUAUCCAAGCUGCACAAUAUAACAUGUUCCAUCUAAAA